AUGAAAAAGAGGCUCAUGCAUGCUGUUCAAUACAAUUCCUAUGGUGGAGGACCCAAUGCCUUAAAGCAUGUUGAAGUUCCCAUACCCAGUCCUCUUAAAGACGAGGUUUUGAUAAAAUUGGAAGCAGCUAGUAUAAAUCCACUUGAUUGGAAAAUACAGAAUCGCAUUUUGUGGCCAAUUUUGCCUAGCAAAUUUCCAUAUAUACCAUGUAUGGAUGUAGCAGGAGAGGUCAUGGAGGUUGGUAAAGGUGUUAGAAACUUUAAAGCUGGUGACAAAGUUGUAGGCUUGACAAGUCCCUUUAGUGGUGGAGGACUAGCUGAGUAUACGGUUGUUAAGGAGAGUGUCGCUGCCUUACGACCACCAGAAAUCUCGGCGUCCGAAUUCGCCGGCUUACCUGUUGCCGGUAUAACAGCUCUUCAAGCACUUUCCCAAACAAUAGGAAUCAAACUCGACGGAAGUGGUGAACGGAAAAAUAUUUUGAUCACUGCUGCAUCAGGUGGAGUAGGCCACUAUGCAGUUCAAUUAGCAAAGUUGGGCAACACUCAUGUGACGGCUACCUGCGGGGCUCGAAACAUCGAAUUCGUGAAAAGCUUAGGAGCUGAUGAGGUGAUUGAUUAUAAGACACCAGAAGGUGCUGCAUUAAAGAGUCCAUCCGGUAAGAAAUAUGAUGCAGUGAUUCAUUGUGCAAAUGAGUUUCCAUGGUCAGUUUUUGAGCCAACUUUAAGCAUGAAUGGUAAGGUUGUAGACAUGAGUCCCACCCCUGGUUCAGUGAUCAGUUUUGCUCUUAAGAAACUUACCUUCCCCAAAAAACAACUUGUCCCAUUGUUUUUACUUCCAAAUAGUAGGGAUCUUCAAUAUCUUGUUGAUUUGGUUAAGCAAGGAAAACUUCGAACAGUUAUUGACUCCAAAUAUCCUUUAACAAAAGCUGAAGAUGGUUGGGCUAAGUGUGUUGAUGGUCAUGCAACUGGAAAGAUCAUUGUUGAGUUCUAA